AUGUUUUCUUUUGCUUUGCUAGCUGUUUCAUUUUACCAACCGAAGUUUUGUCCAAAUGUAACGUGGAAUACAACGGCUACAACAUUUGUAGGGAGCAAAGUUAUCGGUACGCAGCUUAUGUCGAUUUUCAUCGGUACCAAUGACAAUAUAUACGUGUCCAGCGCCCAAUUUGACCAAGUCAUAGUAUGGAGUAAAAAUAGCACUACUCCAACGGCAAAUAUUUCUGGUAAUUUAUACCAGCCAACUGGGCUUUUCGUUACUACAGCAGGUGAUAUUUUUGUUGACAACGGCUAUUUAUAUGGUCAAAUAGAAAGAUUUUCAUCAAACGGAACACAAUACAGUCCUGCCAUGUAUGUUAGUUCAUAUUGUAACGGGCUCUUUAUUGAUGCUAACGACACAUUAUACUGUUCGAUAAAUCAAGCACAUGUCGUUGUUAAAAGAUCAUUAAAUAGCAACUCAAGUGCUGCUUCAAUCGUUGCUGGCAAGUCAAACAAAAGUGGAUAUGCAUUAGACAAGCUGUAUAAACCGAAUGGUAUAUUUGUUGACAACGAUUUUAACCUAUAUGUGGCAGACUCUGGAAAUGCUCGAAUCCAGCGAUUCCAACUUGAUCAAUUGAAUGCAACCACAAUAGUAGGCAACGGUUCGAAUCAAUCUGUGCCACUCAGUUAUCCUACAGGAAUCAUGUUCGAUGCUGAUAAUAAUUUGUACAUUGCUGAUUACCACGCUAAUCGCAUUAUAAUAUUUACAGUCGGUGGUUAUCGUUGCCUUCCAUCAUGCUCGACUACUGCGGGUUCAGGAUCUGCUCAACUGAAUGCGCCUUCGUUUACGGCUUUUGAUCGUUAUGGAAAUAUAUUCGUAACUGAUCAACUAAAUGGUCGUGUCCAGAAAUUUACUCUUUUGACUAAUUCAUGCGGUGUGUUCUUUUGA